AUGGUACAUUAUCUUCUAGCCCAACCAUUUUGGGCUUUUCUUUUAAGCCUUUAAAACCUAUUUUCUUCUUUUUCUCUUCGUUUUCUUCUGCAACUCCAACCAAAACCCUGAAACGGAUUAGGGAAAAAAAGAAAAAGAAAAAGAAAAAGAAAAACUCAAAUUUUGAGGUUUUCUUGAAGAUGGGUCUCUCAAAUUUUCCCCCUUCAGCUGAAGGAGUGUUGCUGUUACCAGUUUUAGUGAUGAACACUGUAAUGUCAAUGGCGUUUUUGAAGAAUUUUGUGAGAUCUGUGAUACAAAUGAUGAGUGCAAGUGGGAAUACUUCGAGUUCUGAGGAAGAAUACGAUUGGGAAAAUGGAAGAGAAAGAAGAAUCUCAAUUACUCAGUUCAAAUCUUUGGGACAAAGCUUCAAUGGUGAAACAGAGGACUCCGUUUCAAGGUGUGUUAUGGCAGAAUGUUGUGUUUGUCUUUGUGGGUUUGAAGCUGAUGAAGAAGUUAGUGAGUUGUCUUGUAAGCACUAUUUUCAUAAAGCUUGUCUUUCUAAGUGGUUUGAUAAUAAUAAGCACUUUACUUGCCCUCUCUGUCGCUCCAUUGAAUAAUAUUUUAACUUCCCCACUGCUAAAUUGCAGUGCAGCUUUUUUAUGGGAAACUUCUGCUUUCGUUUCAACAAUUUUACGGAGUUUUUCUUCCUUCUUUUUUUCUGACAUUUCUUCUCUCUCUCUCUCUCUCCAUAUUUUAUUUUGAGUGAAAGGGGAUGAAGUUUUGUAUUAUCAUCACUUUUUCUUUUUGUAUUUGUAGUGUAUGAUGAAAGAUGAGGGAUGGUGGAAAUGUUUCUUUAUUUUUCUUUUCAGAUAAAUCAUUUACUGUUCUAUUGAGCUCCUAGCGAAACUUAAAGUGCCCAAAAACACCAAUUUAGAAUCCAAAAAUAGGAAAAGUGGUAGAAGGAGGACAAAACUGGGAAUUAAUUAGUGAAAGCAAGCAGAUUUAAAUGGCUUAUUAGCCAUUGAGUAGUCACAGCAGUCAAAACAAGCAGCUUUAAAUUUCUUAGAGCAGUUGGGCAGUACCAUAGAAGAAGAAGAAGAAGAAGAAGAACAGUGAAAGCAAGAAGCUUUAAAUGGCUUGGAGAAGUUGGGCAGUCAUAUUACAAGCAAUUCCAAAGUGGGACCUUUUUUUCUUCAGUGAAAAAUCUGGUUCAGAACUCAUUCGUGAUUCAACACAAGAAAUGUUAUGUGCUGGCCAAAUUGAUGACCAGAAGUUCAGCAAUGGGGCCUUGGGGACACAAUGAGAAGAGAAUUUGUGUCAAAUGUUUGUUACUUUCUCUUUCUAUCACAAAGAUUUGAAACUUGUCUGUACCUGUUAUAUUGAACCUUGAAGAAGGAUCUGCAAUGAACCAGAUGUGUCUUUCUUGUAUUUAUUUGAUUUGAUAUAACCAAAUAUGGAGGUAACUUAAUUCCACUGUCA